AUUCCAAAAAACGCUAAGUACAUGUACACAUUGUCGUUUGUUGUUCAUAUUUCGAUUUGUUCUUUGGCUUGACCUUAUUCAUCAUUUGAUUGGCCAUUGAAUCUUGUGAAACUACUUUGGUAUUUGGUGUGUGCUACCAUUCCUCAAAAUGAGCGAAAAGGAAACAGAAGCCGGUGCACCGAAGCGGCAAAAAUUAUCACACGAAAUGGAACAAGGUCCAAAUCAAUUGUCAAUCGCUGGCCCAUCGAAUGAACAGCCACCGCCGAAAAUAUUCAAAUUGGACGUGGACUGCUUUGAUGAGAUAUUCGAGUAUUUGUCACUGAGAGACCUGAACUCUUUCGCUCUAACAUGCAAGACAAUCCAUAAAGUGACCGGUGAAUUCUUCAAGCGCAAUUAUUCCGAUAGUGAAUUGCGUAUAAAGGGAUAUAGACUCAAGUUAGAUAGGUUUAAUGGUGAUUUAACAUUCAAUCAAUUUGUUUCAAAACUCACUUUAGAAGGAUUUAAUCGCAAUUCCAUAUAUAGUCCCGAAGCUCUGCUCUAUGUUGCGUUGCACCCCAACGAAUUCAAAUCCAUCAACAAAUUGACUUUGGAUAUGGUACAAGUUGAUACAAUGACGGUAGACGUAAUUAAAAGUUAUUUUUCAAAACUCGAAUCGCUGAAAAUAGCAGGAACUAUGGUUAGAGUGAACUUAUAUGAUGCGAUAUUGAAAUUCUGCACGAAUCUGAAGCGUCUUCAAUUAGAUAAAAUACCUUACGAAUUCGAUGAAGAUGAAGAAAUAACAGAUUCGGAUUCAUGGAUACGCCAGAAAUACCCAAAACUCACUCAUUUUUGGCUAUCGAUGAUUCCCUCAAUACACGAUUUGGACAUUUUCUUCCAGAACAAUCCCAGCAUUAAAGUUUUCAAUACACUUGCAGAAGAAAUUCUGUCCCACCAAAAUGAAAUCAUCAAUUUAAAAGUGCAACUGGAUGUUUUCAAAGUAUAUAUUAACAAUGAAGAUUAUGUAAAUAUACCAUUCUUUGAGUUAUUGAAUCAACUGCAUGAGCAAAAAGUUUACAAGCGCCUGGGUAUAUUUGUGAUAACACAGAACUACACAGAAAUGUUUUUCGAUAAACUCCAAGUCUGUUUACCUUUACUUCGUGGCCUCAAACAACUGCGAAUUUGUGCUGGUUUUGAAAUACCUGAUUUAUCCAGUUUACCCGAUUUGCCUAAUUUGAAUGCGCUGGAAAUAGAAUGGGGUUCCGGUCGAUUAAAAACGAACUUGAUUGCAAAAAAGUUUGUCAACCUCGAGCGAUUAUACAUUGAAUAUGCAAGGUUUGAAACGGUUUUGUCUUGCAUUCAAGGAUUACCAGAACUGAAAAUGCUCAAAUUGGGCCCACAUGCCAAAACCAAAAAUUUGAAAUUGAUCACGUUGAACAAGGAGCGCAUAAAAUUGCUUGGAGCUCACAAAGUCACAAUCUACGUUCCAGAUUCAGUAUUCCUUUACAGUAAAUGGAAGAUUGGAAACGGAAACACAAACUUACAGAUGAUUGAAAUGAAACGAUUUGCAUCGUGCCCAUGGGAUAAUGAUUAUAAUUGGAGUUGUCUUAACAGCAAAAAUUGAAUAUCAAGCCAUCGCUAUAGCAUACGUUCAUCUACACAAUAAGGUUUUCUAUACAUCGAACCACAUACAUUUUUCUACCAUCUAUGUUGAAGACUCAUUGAGCGUAAAUAAUAAAUGAAUUAGUUCAAACAAAAUUCGAAACCUAAAAUUAAUGAAUAAAUAAAAAGAAUUACAUUGGUAAUCCCGAACUUUUCCGUACCGUUGGCCUGCGUUGUUCGUAUGUACUUUUGGUUAUUUUUUGUGAAUUUUCUUGAAAUAAAGGCAGUGAAAAUAUAAUAAUAAAAAUAAAGUGAAAAAUCGGUCACUUUAACUAAAACUUCGACAAAUUUGUAUGAGUGGUACCCGUAAACCGAUUCUCAUUGGCUUUAAACUUUCUGAGGUUUAAUUUUUUGAAGAAAAAAUAGGAUUCUGAUUGUUGAUUGCAUGUGCAGAAGUUUGGUUUUUGGCCCUCAAUUUUUUCCAAGAAAAUUUCGACAAAAAUUUAGGACAAAAAAUCAAACUUCUGCAAAUGCGAUCAACAUGAAACUUUCAGAAUCUUAUUUUUUCUCCAGAAAAUGAAACCUCAGAAAGUUUGAAGCCAAUAAGAAUCGGUUUACGGGUACCUCUCAUACAAAAUUGUCCAAAAAACGGUAUUUUAGUUAAAAUUUCAAAAAAUUUGUAUGGGAGGUACCCGUAAAUCAAUUCCGAUUGGUUUCAAACUUUCAGAAUCCUAUUUUUCUCAAAAAAUGAAAUCCCAGAAAGUUUGAAGCCAAUCGGAGUCGAUUUACGCGUACCUCUCAUACAAAAGUGUCAAUUUUUUGAGGUUUUUCUUAGGGCAAGUACCCCAGGAUCAAAUCGAAAAUGGCUCAUCUUCGAACUUAAACUAAGUUUAUUGGGUACAAAAUUUUUGGGACUUUCAGAUUCUGAUUAUCUCAAUUAUUUUUUGAGUUAUCGUGUUAACAAACAGCUACGACAACGACGACAACGACGGCACACGAACGGAAAAUUGUCUCAAAAAGUGGUUUUCUACGCGUUUCAUGAGUUUUUAUGAUGAUCUAAGCUAAUUUUGCGAAAAAAAAGUUUUCGGGACCAAUUGCUAUACUUUCCCUUUGACACGUUGUGUACGGAAAAGUAAAAGGCAUUAAUUAGACAGCGGAGACACACAUUGCGUAAAAAAUACUGAUAAAAACGAAUAAUUACACUAUUUUGAUAAAUUGAACUAAGAAAAGUAUUGUUGUCAAGCAAGUUAAAUUAUAAAAAGUUAUUUCUAGUAGUUUGGUCAUUUUGAAUUUAAAAAAAAAACUCUAAAAUUUAAAUCUGCCUAGGUGUUUAAAUUGUUUUUCUUCUCUUUUCUUUCAUUUUUCAUUGGAUUGAUGAAAAUUGCAGCUAAGAUUGAAUCGAUCGAUUUGAAUUCAAAAAUUCAACCACAAAAACAAAUUUUCUAUCGCUUCAACAUUGAAACACAUUUGAAGUUAGAAGAAAAAAUAAUUUUUGCCACUUAUUAUUCGAAAUCACAGAUAUUUUGCUAUUUGAAUAAAGAAAACCAAUCGAAAAAAAAAUAAAAAAAAAAGAUGAUCGAGUCCGGCAGGAUUCGAACCUGCAAUCUCCUGAUCCGUAGUCAGGCGCGUUAUCCGUUGCGCCACGGACCCUUAUACAUAGACUGAGACAAAAUGAAAAAUGAAACAGCGAUAGAAUAACUGGAGUAAAUACAACAUGCGGUCGGCCAAAGCGAGCACAUUGUAACAUAGUGUGUUCAAGACACUGUGCUGUUAGUGGCAAAAAUAAAUUGCGACUUCGGAAUAGACCAUCGAAAUUAUCAACAUGGAUAAUAAUCAACAGAAUCGGCCUGUGUCACGUCGCGGUGAUAUUGUUCGACGACCAGGCUCCAGUACAUUUAGUCGACCGGAAACAUCAUCGAGAAAUCUUGGAUCGGCUAGGGCCACGUCAACUCGACCACCGUCAGCUAUUGCAGGUGGAACAGCAUCACGUCUAACAAGUGCAAUGCAUCACAAUCCAGCCGUAUCAAGUCAACGUAUUGGCACUGCCAUCGGUUUUGCUGAUAGUAGAAAAGUCUCUGCUCGAGUUUUGACACAGCAUGGCCUCAGUGGGAUUGGUCGAAUUGGUACAUCGACUGGUACGCGCCAAAUCAAAGAUGCGCGCUAUUGGCAGUCUCAGCUGCAGAUGAAAAUGGAUGAAAUUCGACGUGAAACGGAACGAUUGAUCAGAGAGAAGCAGAACAUGGAUCGAGAGAAAUCGGCCAAGAAAACAUUUGACAGGCGAGCUAAAGAAUCCACACGAGAGUUGACUGUUCUUCAAGCGAAACUAUCUGAUAUGAAUAUAGCGCUUGAUUCGGCGAACAGUAACAUUACACGUCAGCAAAUGAACCAAGAGACGGCCGUUUUGCGUGAACGGAAUGAAGUGUUGCAGCAGCAGCUGGAGAAGGCGUUUAGUGAGAAGCAAUCCAAAGAAGCCGUCAAUGAGAAGCUUGAAAAAGAGAUUGAAUUGGAGCGCAAUAAAAUCAAUAAGGUGAUUCAGUCAAUGAACGAAGCCGAUCAGGAGGAGUAUCGCAAAUUCGAUGAGCUGGCGCAAAAAUUGGAUGAACAAAAUAGCCAAAUGCACGAAGAAAUCAAUGGAAUGAUCAAUAAAAAGACGAAUCUUGAAACAAUUGCCAAGAGUUCAGCCGAACGAACGGAAGCUGUGCGUCUGCUGUUGAAACUCAAUGAAUUAGAAAAGAAAUUGAUGACAUCAAAAGAAGAGGAACAGAAUCGAUUGACACCGGCUCAAGAGCGUGAGAAACUCAUCAGUGAAGUACGGGAAAAUAAGCAAGCGUUAACUAGCAUUCAACAUCAAAUAAAAUUGGCCGAGGAUGCGUUGAAUGAAAAACGCGAAUUACUGCGACAAAUCGAAGACGAUCUUGAUGAAGGCAACUCAGAACGAUAUGCCAAGUAUAAAGAGCUUAAGCAUCGUGAUGAAACCAUGUCAAAGUUUAUGGAUGGUUUUAAGGAGAAUUUACAAGCCGAAACGAAUAAAAUUGAAUUGAUCAAAAGUCAAAUAACAUCGGCCAUUGAGCAAGUCACAAUGAACGGUGUGAAUCUGAAAACAUUGGGCCUGUCGAAAGCGGCCGUUGACGAUGGCAACGAUUUGACGUCAGAGCAUGGAAUGGUCAAGGAAUAUAAGCGAUUACUUGUUAUUUUGAAACAACUUCAAAUACUCAAAAAGCGCACCGCCGACCAAAUCGAAACCGCCACAAGAGACGAACUUGAAUUGCAGCGAGAGAUCGAAAAGUACUCGAACUUGAAUGCAUUACGUGCUGAAUCAGCUGAAAAGUACGAUCAAGUGUCAUCUCAAUUGGAGGAUCUAAAGCAUAAAAAACGCGUCACCGAAAGCGUUAUGCAAGAGGCACAACAGCGUAAUGAGGAAAUCAAGGAACAGUUAAAGUCUAAUGAAAACUAUCGCCAAAUCUCGCAUCUUGAAGACAGGUUGUCCGAUUUAAUUGAAGAAACUAAAGAAUCAACCACUGUAUUGGACCAACUACAGAAGGAGUACAAUCAUGACGAUGUAAUCAAUGAUGCAAAAGAGAAGCUGAAACAAAUCACUUUAUUUUUGCGUGCAAGCACACCAAAGAUGAACCCAAUCUAAAGUCAAAAAAUAUCUAAAUUUUAUUUAAUACAAUUUACCAUUCUGAUUUAGGAACGAACAUUAUUUUAAGUAAAAAAAAUUGACAAUUGAAUGAUGUGUUUCUUGCAUUAAAAUCUCACGCACAAUUUGGAUUAUUCGAUUGUUAUGUUAUAUGCUACUUAAAAAUAUAAAAAGUUGCGUUUAUCGCAAUUAUCUAUGUUAUGUGCAAGCUUGCCACUGGUAGGCUGUUUCAGCUAUUUUCAGCUGUUUUAAAAAUCGUAGUUAUGGUCGGCUUUUUCGUCGAAAAUCAGCUUUUCUCAGCUAUUCAAUUUUUUGAUGGAAAUUGAAAGAAAUAGGGGUGCUAGAACGCAAAGUAACCAACAUGAAUAAUCAAAAUAACUUGGAAAUGAAAGAAAAAACAGUUUCUGACUAUACCGAUGAAUGCGUUUGAUUCAUCUUACAAACAGAUAAUAAUAGCCCGCUAUAGAAUGACUUGUUCACUAACAUAGCGAAGAUUUCUGAAUUUCUUUGAAACUGUCAAAAAUCAAUGCAUAUAACGAUUCGAAUAAAAAUCAGUAUUCUACGCGAAAUUUCAUAUGAUUGAGUUUAGUUGUCUUUCAGGAAUGAGUUCAAAAAUAAGAAAAUUCUGUCCAGACCGGCUCGAUCAGUUCAGUU